AUGCACGAUGCCAGUCGAAGAUUUUAUCCAUUUGGUGUUGAUUUAAUAUCGUCUGACGAAGCUGUCUCUCCAUUUGUGGAUUUAUUUAAAGCAAUCAAAGGGACAGUGUUAGCAUCGACAGGCGAAAAGAUUAAUCUGUCGGUCUCAUGUCAUGUCAUCAAACGAUGUCGAGAACAUCGUAAUAUGGUUCCAAAAGAUAAAUGCAAACAAAAUUCGAUGACGUAA